AUCAGCAGAGAGCAUCGUCAUGGACCGUUCCUGACUGCGUGUCUACCAUUAACUAGAAGCUUAAGGUGCACCAGUCAUUGCACCAUGCAAUGCUCAAACUUUGGAACGGCUCCUGAUGGAGUCAUCCACUGUCCCUAGGUCUUAAUAUUACUCUCUUCGUGCCGGCAGUCCUGUCUUUCUCCGUAUAUCGAACUGUCCUCGGGUAUCCAAACAGAAAGACGGACAGACACAGAGUGAAAGAUAGAGAGAAAGAACAAAAUGGUCCAUGAGACUCCCAGUGCGGUGACCGAGCCCAACACGCCGCCGGCAAACAACCUCUCAGAGAAGCAAUGGGGCGAUCGCGCCGUGACGGGCCCGUCGACCGGGUUCCGUCGACCCAUGAAGAAGGUCAAGAAGAAGACGAAAUCAGGGGAGGAGAUCGAGGUGGAAGAGGAGGCGGAGUCGACCAUCAACAUCCGGGUGAAUCUCGACUUGCGGGCUGACGUGGAACUGGAGUUGCAUGCGGUUGUGCAGGGGGAUGUGGUGCUGGGGUUGAUGUAAUUAUUCUUUCCUUCUCUUGGGAUCUUUGUGCAUUCAAUGGGAAAGUACCCCGAAAUUCAGAGAUAGAAUAGCAUGGUUUC